CAAAGCGAUCAGUUCGUGUUCCAGUCAUCGCUACUCGAUCGACAUUCCUACGGACCAAUACCACCCGCAAAAAAGAAGAUUACAUAUCAUUACCAAGAACUCACAAUGUUGACCUUGCCCAACAUCGCCGAUCUGCGCCUGCAGCAGCAGAUCGCCCAGGAAAUAUACCGCCAGCAGAUUAUGCAACGAUUACCCGAUCCCCUGUGCGGCUUGCUCCCCAACUUUGCCGGACACUUUGUGCCCCCGCCGCCACCACCGCAACCCACAUUACCCGGCGAUGUGGAGGCCAAACUGGAGAACAAUGAACUAUGGCAGCAGUUCCACAGCAUCGGCACCGAGAUGAUCAUCACCAAGUGCGGCAGGCGCAUGUUUCCCUCGAUGCGGGUUUCUCUGAGUGGGUUAGAGGAGGAGGCCAGCUACUGCGUCCUUCUGGAGAUGGUGCCCAUUGGCGACUGCCGCUACAAGUUCUCUGGAUCCCAGUGGGUUCCAGCUGGAGGAGCUGAGCCCCAGAGUCCGCAGCGAAUGUAUCUGCAUCCGGAGAGUCCGGCUACGGGAAAGCAUUGGCAGUCCCAGGCCCUGCUUUUCAGCAAGGUGAAGCUUACAAACAACACCCUGGAUAAUAAUGGACAUAUCGUCCUAGCCAGCAUGCACAAAUAUCAGCCGCGUCUGCAUGUCAUACGCACCUCUGAUCUCGGCCAGAUUCCAUGGGCCCCCCAACAGGCCUUUGUGUUUCCGGAGACCGAGUUUAUAGCCGUUACGGCUUAUCAGAAUGACCGCAUAACCAAGCUGAAGAUCGACAACAAUCCCUUCGCCAAGGGAUUCCGUGAGUCGGGUCAGUCGAGGUGCAAAAGAAAAAUCAAUGACUCGCCACCGCCGUCUCAGCCAGAGGUUACCCAGGUGGACUCGAUGCCAUCGCCGUUAGCCAAGCGGUUGCGACUGGUGGAGGAAAUUCCUCAGCAUCAUCAGAACCAUCCGAACGUUUCAAUGCAGCGUCACUACCUGCUGGAUACCUUGGAGGCCAAUUUCUAUGUGCCAGCGCCACCGCCGCCGGCCAUCGAGUAUGCCAGGCACAUCGCAGGUUAUCCAAGUUGGGCCUACACCCCGCCAUCGCCGGCCUCCUCCGUCUCCUCCUCGUCCAGCGGCGAGUCUGCUCCCGAUCGAGAGGCAGAUGCCGACACCUUUGUGGAUGUGGUCGGAACCGCACCACCUGCUGCCGCUUCUCCUGCUCCCGCUCUCAGCGAUCCAAUGCCCAAGCCGAAACGCAGCAGCUUCAGCAUCUCGGACAUAUUAGGAACCAGCACGUCCAUUUAAACAGCGUCCAGUCGGGUGCAUGUGCUCCCAUUUGGAUUGAAAUCGGUGCCUUGUACAUUUAAUUAGCGUUUAGUUGCCAUCGUCUGCGUAGUGUCUAAGCUGAAUUGUGAUAUUUUGCAGUUAAUUAGGAUUUCCAGGUAUUUGCCAUCAGUAUUUAUCGUAUUUAUUAUGCAAUUUUAAUUGUUCACAUGAUUUCGUAAUGGAUUUAUUGUCUUUGGCAUUUUAAUGCGGAUAAAUAAAAUAUGUGUAUGAACGUAUACCCAAUGAA